AUGGAUAUGGAUAUGGAUGUUUCCCUUUCCCUUGUUAUGCACAUAUCAUAUCGGAAAGCGUCGAUCACAAAAAAGAAAGUAAAUAUAGUCAGUCAUUUUAGAUCCCUCAAUAUGUUGGUGCAAGAAACAGAGUUAGGAGAUGUUGAAAUUUGGAAUCGUGUUAAACGGGAGGGUAUGACUAGUGGGUUGGAGUUUUCUGGAGUUAUAAAUGAAAGGCGAGAGAUAAUUAAGGUGGACAAAGGUGACAAAAUAGAGGUCAUAGUCCGGACCCCUUUGAUUCAUUCCAACAAGCCAUCCAUCUCCCUUGGCUUGGCAUAUGUUAGUUGCUCAAAUGAGCCGGUUCAUGAGUCAUUAUGGGCCAACUAUGGACCCACUUGGCCAGUCGGCAAUAUUGCUGGCCUUAUCGAACCCAAACAUAUCUUCCAACCUGAAGAAUCUCUCUGCAACUUCUAUCAGGUCACCUUUUUACAGUCCAUGUACGCUUGAAGAAGGUUAGUAUAGUGAGGGUGGGAAAUGAUCUUAGCUUUAAGAGAUUUAUCUUCGUUAUGAAAGCUCAUCACAGAAGGGUAAUUACAAAAUUUCUGGGUACCUCCACUUUCGAUAGUACUGCCUCCUCCUCUCCCAUACAAAGAAGUAUUGGUGGUAUCUGGGGAAAGAACCGAUCCUCCACCCGACCCGUAUAAGAGAGUAGUAGUCUAGUAGAUGGUGUGCCCAUAUUAUUGCUGCUAUUGUUCUCUCUCAUUUGGCCCAUGUAAUCUUCCAUCACUCUUGCUCAAGAAAAACCCUAUAGAACAAGAGCUCGGGAGAGAAAGAAAGGAUCGAUGAAGCAGAAAACGAAAAACCCUAAUCAAAUUGUAAAUUGAAGAAGGAGAAUUAUUGUUCUUUUGUUGAUGUUUGAUGAAAGUUGAAAUCAAAUAACUUAAGAGUGAAUCUUAAAACCCACAGAAGACAGAUGUUUUAUUCUCUUUGUAUCAUACAAGGAGAGCAGUACAAGUGAGGGAAGACCAACCUUGUUGAUAAGGAGAGAGAGAGGGGCC